UGGCUGAAGAAACAUGAUGAGGAGCUCGAAACACUGCAGAUCGGUGGCUUGCUCAGAGAUAAAGGGGGGACAUCAGUGGUCAGUGGGGUGGCGGGAAUCGGGAAGAGCACCAUGGUGAGAAAGAUAGUCCACGACUGGGUCUCAGGGAGUAGAUAUGCCCAGUUUCACUUUGUCUUCUGGUUCACGUUCCAAGACUUGAAUACCAUUGAGGGGAAAAUGAGCUUGAGCACCAUGGUCCACAAUUCCUAUCCUCACUUUGGGAAGAAGCUUGAGGACGUGUGGGAUUCCCCAGAGAGCCUUCUCUUCAUCUUGGAUGGGUUGGAUCAGUUCAAGGUGAAGGUUGAUUUCAGAGACGAAGAGAGAAGCGCAGGCUCUGAGCCUCGUUGCCUUGAUCCUGAGAGAGGCUGUGAGGUGGCUGACAUUGUACGUUGUCUAGUGCGGGGAACGAUGCUGAAAGGCUGCUCGGUGCUGCUCACAAGCCGACCAGAAGCCCUGGAGACUCUGCGUCAGGCACAGCUUGACCUGUGGACAGACAUCUUCUUUGACGAAAACAGUGAGGAUUAUGUGAGGUGCUGUUUCAACGAUGAGAAAUCAGUGGCAUUGAAACGGGCGAAGGAGACUGACAUCUCUACACGAUGGGCUUUGAUCCAUCUGGAGACCGGACGAUCUCCAAAUCACUGGCUCCUGUCUUUACCCCACUGGAGGGCAAUCCCCAGCUCCCACAAACAACCACACAGCUGUUUUCAAAUUUCAUUUGCAAUGUCUUAAAAGAUGGCCGAUGUCUCGGAGGGAAAGAGGCUGCGCGGGAGGCCUUGCUCCAAACUGGGAGGGCAGUGUACGAAGCGGGGUGGAAGCCGUGCACCGUCUUCACUGAGGACCACUGGGACCUCAUCUCAGGGCUUCUGAUGAAGAUCCUUGAGAUGGAUGAGGGGGCAGAGAGCUGUGUGUAUACCCUCCAUCGCCUCGCUUUCCGGGAAUAUUUGGCUGCACUUGGUCAGUACCUGACCUCAGACCCAUCAGAGGUAGCGGCGCUCCUGGAUCAAGCGAGCUCGGACUGUUCAUUCCACCCCUUUAUCCAUUUCCUUAUUGGCCUCAGCGCCCACAUGUCGAGAUGGCUUGAGGACUUGGUAGGUCCACUUUGUCCAGAGACGUCCUCCCAGGUCUCUGCCUGGCUGAGGAAAGAGUUGGAGACAAGGUCCCAUCACCUGGAUGAUGUGAGCAGCAAGAGGGAUCUGAUGGACUUGUUCCACUCUCUGUCUGAGAGUCAGGAUGUGGAGCUGAUGCGGCAAACAAUGAGGUCCAUAGAAGCCCUGAACUUUGGGGACACAUACCCGGAGGAAGCCCUGAGCCUGAGUGUGGUUGAUUGCUUUGUGCUGGCGAGAAUCAUGGAGCCCUGUGACAUCGUGGGAGAGAUGUAUUUCAGUAACUGCUCGGUACAAGCUGAAGGGAUCCAGCGAUUAGUCCCCAUGCUUCACAAGUGCACAACCCUGAAUUUGUGGGGCAAUAACCUGGGAGACUCAGGAGUGAAGCGACUGUCUGCAGCUCUAAGGAACCCAGAGUGUCACAUACAGAAACUGUGUUUAUCAAGUAACGGACUGACAGUUGCGUGUAUUGAGGACCUCGUCUCUGCUCUCAGUGUAAACCAGUCACUGACUGAGCUGUUCCUGGAUUAUAAUAACCUGGGAGACUCAGGAGUGAAGGGACUAGCUGUGGCUCUGAGGAACUCUGAGUGUAAAAUACAGAAUUUGGGGUUGGAAGGUAACAAUCUGACAGCUGACUGUAUCGAGGAUCUCGUCUCUGCUCUCGGUACCAACCUCUCACUGACUGAGCUGAACCUGAACAAAAAUAACCUGGGAGACUUGGGUAUGAAACAACUGUCUGUGGCUUUGAGGAAUCCUGAGUGUAAAAUACAGAAAUUGAACCUCGAUGAUAUUGGUCUGACUGAUGUUUGUAUUGAAGAUCUCAAAUCCGCUCUCAGCUCAAACUGCUCCCUGGCCCACCUGUUACUGGGAAUGAACUCCUUCACAGACGUGUCUGUGCCCCUUCUCAGCGCUCUCUUGCUGAGCUCCACUUAUCUCGAGCGAAUCUGGCUGAGCGAGCAUAAGUUCAGUGCAGAAGGCGUGAAAAAACUGAAGUCACUACGGAAAUCAAGGCAAGGACUGAGGGUUUAUGUGUGAUCACAGAGCGAGAGCAACUCUUAACACUGAACUAUCAUGCAGUUGUCCUUUAUACACUUACAAUAUUUUGAUGAAUUCCUGUCAUUUCAUAUCAUUAAAGCAAUUA